GUAUAUGACCAUAUAACCAAUAAUUUAUUCUUUGUUGUUAUAUAAAGCCAUUUUUAUAAACAACGAUAAAGCUUAAACAAACAAUUCAAAAUGUGUGAUAUGCUAAAAGAACUGAGAGAAAGAUCUAAAAAGCGCAAGCAACUGCUAGCACAAACGCUAGGAGUUUCGACUGUCGAUGAGCUAAGACAAGUAUUAGGAAACUCCUCGGAUGUCCGCAAGCGUAAAAGAGACGACGACGGCGAGGAUUCUCUAGACAAAACUGACGGCAAAGAUGAUCCCUCUGAUGAGCUUGUAUACCGUGACUCCUCCACUUUUCUUAAGGGUACACAAUCUUCCAACCCCCAUAACGAUUAUUGCCAGCACUUCGUAGAUACUGGCCAGCGUCCCCAAAACUUCAUUCGUGAUGUCGGACUCGCGGAUCGUUUUGAAGAAUAUCCGAAAUUGCGCGAACUCAUUAAGCUAAAGGACGAGCUCAUCUCCAAGACCGCCACGCCGCCCAUGUAUUUAAAAUGUGAUUUAAAUACUUACGACUUGAAGACAUUAAACUAUAAGUUUGACGUUAUUUUAAUCGAACCCCCAUUGGAGGAGUAUCAACGGACGAUGGGCGUCACUAACACAAAGUUUUGGUCUUGGGAUCAAAUCAUGAACUUGGAUGUGGGCGAAUUGGCCGCACAAAGAAGCUUCGUUUUCUUGUGGUGCGGAAGCUCGGAGGGACUCGACAUGGGACGUGUAUGUUUGCGGAAGUGGGGAUUUCGACGUUGCGAAGACAUAUGUUGGAUUAGGACUAACAUAAAAAAUCCGGGUCAUUCGAAGAAUUUAGAACCGAGGGCCGUAUUUCAGCGUACCAAGGAGCAUUGUCUUAUGGGCAUCAAAGGAACCGUAAGGCGGUCGACCGACGGCGAUUUCAUUCAUGCGAACGUCGACAUCGACCUAAUUAUCUCCGAAGAGCUAGAUUAUGGAAGCUUGGAGAAGCCAGUCGAAAUUUUUCAUAUAAUCGAACACUUUUGUUUAGGUCGUCGACGUCUGCAUAUUUUCGGUCGGGAUAGUACCAUUAGACCGGGCUGGUUAACGAUAGGACCCGAAUUGACCAAUAGUAAUUUUAAUGCGGACACGUAUUGCGGAUAUUUUAAUGCGACAAAUACAACUACCGGUUGUACAGAACGUAUUGAGGCGUUACGACCCAAGAGUCCGCCUCCGAAAGGUAAAGGAACUCCGGGUGCACGUGGAAGAGGCGGAUUUAACAGGGGUAGGGUUAGGGGUAGAUAACUGUAUUUCUUAAUCAGUUUGGAAUAAAUCGUGCAAAAUUUUGUUA